AUGAGUAGUAGCACAGCCGCAGCCGCCGCAGCAGCACCACGCAGACAACAAGUCGAUAAUCGAACAGACGCCAACAAUUUUAAAGUAGUGACAGUAGUCGCAACACGAGGUCGAGGUGCCGAAAUCUCCGAAGAAAUCUCUUAUACCGACACAAAAGUGAUCGGAAAUGGUUCAUUCGGUGUAGUUUAUCAAGCUAAGAUUGUCCAUUCAAAUGAACAAGUAGCGAUAAAAAAGGUUUUACAAGACAAACGAUUUAAAAAUCGCGAACUUCAGAUUAUGCGACGACUCGAUCAUCAAAAUAUCGUUCAAUUAAAAUAUUUCUUUUUUUCAUCUGGUGACAAACUUAAAGAAGAAGUAUAUUUAAAUCUCGUGCUGGAAUUCAUCCCGGAAACGGUCUAUCGUGUAGCACGACAUUAUACAAAGCAAAAGCAAACCAUUCCUCUACUUUAUGUCAAAUUGUAUAUGUAUCAAUUAUUUCGUGCAUUGGCUUAUAUACAUUCUUUUGGAAUCUGUCAUCGCGACAUUAAACCGCAAAAUUUGUUACUAGAUCCGGAAACAUCGGUAUUGAAAUUAUGUGAUUUUGGAAGUGCAAAACAAUUGAUAAAAGGUGAACCGAAUGUCUCAUAUAUUUGUUCGCGUUAUUAUCGCGCACCGGAAUUGAUCUUUGGUGCCAUUGAUUAUACGUGUUAUAUUGAUGUUUGGUCAUCGGGAUGUGUUUUUGCGGAACUUCUUCUUGGUCAACCCAUCUUUCCCGGCGAGAGUGGUGUUGAUCAAUUAGUAGAAAUUAUUAAAGUAUUAGGCACACCAACUCGUGAACAAAUUCGACAGAUGAAUCCUAAUUAUCAAGAAUUUCGUUUCCCACAAAUAAAAGCGCAUCCAUGGCAUAAGGUUUUUCGUAAUCGUACACCACCGAUGGCAAUUGAUCUCGUAUGUCGCUUGUUGGAUUAUACACCAGCCACUCGUUUGACACCACUCGAAGCUUGUGCUCACGCAUUCUUUGAUGAACUACGUGAUCCAGACACACGAUUAACUAAUGGAUCUCUUCCACUACUUUUCAAUUUCAGUCAACAGGAACUAAGUAUCAAUCCUUCGCUCAAUCCACGUUUAAUUCCUGCACAUAUGCAAGGUCAGCAAGGAUUAGCAACUGCUAGCGGAACAUCAUCGAAUUCAACAGCAAUUGCCACAACUACGCCAAGCGGUAGUGGAAACGGAAGUGCGACAAGGGCUUCGGUGACAACACCGAGUAGCAGCAAUGAUAAACCUCUAACGCCAAGUAAUCGUUCAAAUAAUAGUCCACCAUCUUCGACGGUAGCAGCAGGAGCAUCCAGUGCAGCAACAACUAGUGUCAAUGGACCUAACGAGAGCGAUACAAUGAAUAGCCUCGAUGAGCAGCCGGCAACUGGCGGUGAUUCAAAUACGAAAGAUCAUUCUUAA